GUUCGCCAAGAUACAACCUGGUGCAUGUCCGAAAAUUACUUUACUACGUUUGAUCAUCAUGAAAAAAUGUAUGAAUAGAACGAUCGAAGGAUCUUGAAGAUCAGCUGAGGGUUUCGAAGAAGACGCAUGUAACCGAUCUUCAUCGUUUUUUCUUGCUCUGAGCAAGCCAGUGAAAUGCGGCGCAUUGUUCCACCUCGGUUGCUCCAUUCGGGUGGCCGACCCUCAUGCGUCGAAACGGGUCGUUCUUCCCUGAUAUCCGGCAGCGACAGCUGCUGCUCUUGCACGAAAAGGGAACUUUUUUUCCCUGCUCUGCGUUGCGAUUUGAAGACGGGAGGUGAUGGAGGCACGUCCAGCUCUUCGUCGAGCAGCAAGGCCUUCAUCUCUUGGCGAAGGAGAAUGAGCAGUGCCGUGACGUCGACCCCAUCCGCAGACGAACUGCUUCGAGGAGGUGGAGCACCAGCCGGAACUACUUCUACUGGACGCACGACAGGACGGACGAGCGAGCUGCAGCACCAGUGGACCACCCGAAACGCGCUCCCGCUUCCGAGCAUCGGCGGGACUAGUAGUAUCAGUGCUACUACAGUCCUGCCAACCGGGACGAGGUUUUCGCGAACAAGCGGCAAGAACCAGCCACAUGAAGUUCUGCAGCGGCAGUCGUUCUGGGAAUUGCGGUCGGCCUUUCUGGACGAGCUUUUUCGCCAGCAAUUCAAGUACCAGUUGAAGCCCCUCGGGAUACUGCCCAUCUGGGCCCUGCAGCGCACCGUUCCAAGAAAUGAGUACCGGUUCAUGAUGGUCGCCACCUUCCCGCUCGUUGCGCUCACCGGAGCUGCGGUGGCUAUGCACCUCUACUACACGUCGUCGACCACAUCGACCGGCACCUCCGCGGAAGAGGACGAGGGAACAAGUACAGAAAAAGAGAAUUAUCCUGCCGGAGCAGCAGUUACACUUACUGCACAGCACCAAGACGUCGGGACCACGCGGGUUUUCCAGGUAAACCCGGGCGUACUUUGCAAUUGGGCCCUGAUGUACGCGUGGAUGCUGUUGAUCGGAAGGUCGGCAAUACACUACGGGCUCCAGCUCGGGGAAUUUGCUGUGCCAAACGUGAGCAGCUGGGGGGGAAACCUGUUCCUGUCCCGCCUGCUGCCGCCGAUCGGCUUCUUCCUGCUCGGAACAGCUCUUCUAACCAUGUGCGAAAGCAACGACCACUGGCGCGACGCGAAUCAACUCACUCUGCUGGCGUACAUUUUCAUUUUCUUUCAUUUUAUACUGCAGGGUUGGGAUUCUGAAUGUGAUGCAAAUUUGAGUUGUAGAAGAACAUCUCAACUACAAGCAAUUUUGAAUUUGUUCAUUGGAUCAAAAAAAGCUCAAAAAAACAGGUUCAUGGUGCAAUUCUGGUUGUAUGACUUCUGGAAUUUUCAUCACGGCGGACUGGCACCGCAGUAUUGGGGUCCCCUGUGCAUGGCGCAGUCUAUUGCGUCCAUGCUGUGUCUGCAAACGAUCGGCUACCUCAUGCGGCAGUACAGCGUGGCGACGGCGGAAGCAGGGGAGUUUCGCAUUUUCCCCAAGGAGGAAGAAAUCGCAAGAACCGCCACGGUACCAAAUGCAAAUAUGUCCGGGUCUGGAAACUUGUGAUGCUAAAAUGUGGAUGAUGGAAACAGUUGCGAAUGCAACACAGCAUGACAACUUUUCGAGACGCCUUUUCAUAGGCAAUCCGCAUGAGAAACUGCGGUUUUGCAUGUACAAAAGAGGCUGCGACUUGUUUUGUUGGUUAUGCAAUACAUCAGAUUUCCUAGGUAUGCAAAGCUAGCAUUACAAGUCCCACUCUUCCAGACCAAGACAUAUUUGCACUGGAUAAACGGCAGCAGCCGGGGAGCAAGAGCAAGCAGCCAGGGGAACCACGAUGGGAAAAGCCGCGUCAGGGCGUGGAGCAAUAAUCGAUGACAUUAACGCUCACAUCGAUUCGUGGCUUGGGAUCUCAGCCUCGAACACGCCGGGGCAAGAGCCUCCUUACAAAGUUGGAACAUAAAUAAAACGUCCUACCAUUGGAUUGGAACACUAUAGCAUAGCUGAGCAUGGGGUUUGGCGUGUCGGAACUUUAAGAGUGCAGCCGAGUAUCCUCGUCACGAUCAUGAUUGAAGCAAAGGUGAUGUACAGAUCGCGCAAUAU